UGUCGGUCGUGUUGGCCGCUGUUAAAAGUUUCUAAACGUCAUCAUAAUAAAUGUUCAAGGUUCAGGAAAAAUACGAAUUUUGGAUGGAGAAAAUUGUUUUUAUCCCUGAGUAAUUUCUUUCCGAAUAAAAUGUCUGCUCCGAACUCGAACUUGCAACCACCUUUUUCAUAUCCAAGUAAUCAAAACACCUAUUCUCCUGUUAGUGAAGGCACUGUGAACCGGCCUUGUCCCGGACAAAAUGCUAUGAUUGGACCUCCGUAUGCACAACAACAACCUGGAAAUCAAGUCAUAUCCCCAGUGAAUGCAUCACAGCCUUUAUCUCAAUCAAGUGUGGCCCCACAAGUUGCUCAAAACUAUAAUUAUACUCAUAAUAGUUCACAGGUGCCAUUUUCAACUCCUCCUUCUAAAAGUACUACAAACUUGGGUGCUCAUAUUCCUGUCAAUCCACUGCAUUCUGCUAGUCCAAAGAACCCUGUUUCUCCAUAUGGUGUGGAAAAACAAUAUUAUUCAGUGCAAAAUGGACCACUCUCCCCACAAAAUUCUAAUUAUGGGGCAAGUAUGAAUGGCGGUGAUUCGUCACAAAUAAAUGGUGUGAAUGUUGCGAAUCAGGUUGGUCCUAAUCAGAAUGUAUCAACUGCAGCUCCAUGGCAAGCUGCAUCGUCGCUUAUGCCUCCCAGUCAGAAUCAAAUGUUGCCAACUUCAAGUAGUGGAAUAGUUUCAUCUCCACCUCACCAAUUUUCAAGUCCAUCUCCACAGCCAUUAACUGCUGAUGGCAAGCCAGUGCCUACAUUAUCACAGGUGCCUUCACCAGGCUUGCCCCUGCCUUAUGGUACUCAGAAUAAUUCUUUUAGUCCACAAGUUACUCCAGGAACUUCUCAACCUCCCUCUGCCCGAUCCUCACGAAACCCUUCUCCAAUUUCCUCCCAGCGUUAUGACUAUAUGGAGGGGCAGUUUUCAAACAAACCUAGUCCAUCAAAUUCUUCUAUGAAUUUGCAAAACAUGGGUUUAAAUCCAAACCCUGGUCUUUGCCCUCCUAAUUACAGAAGCUCUGAUAGUGGGCCUCCAGUAUCAUCAAAUAUGUCAACAGUAUAUUCUGGGACGAAUAUGUCCCCUAACAGUUCCCCUGCAAGUUCACAGUCUGGAGCAGGCAUGGCACCUUCACAGACUGGUCCUGUAAGGCCAAGAUAUCCACAGCAAGUUGGCUAUAACCAAAUGCCUUCUCAAUAUACUAGUCCAGUGGUUAAUCAGCCUGGUGUUAUGCAGCCGCCACCAAAUUCUAGGUUCAAUAAAUCACCUCGGUCUCCGUAUCAGCAACAGCAGCAGCAGCAACAACAGUAUCAACACCAACCACCACAGCAGCAAUCACCAUAUCAAAGUGGUAUGCCAGAAGGUCCUGUUGGUGGAGUUUCUGGAUAUGAUCCUCAGUUGCAUGCGAAAAUGGCUGGCAUGAGUGUAACUGGCAGUUUUUCUCGGCUUUGGGGUAAUGACAAUAUAAAUCUUCUUCAAGACCGCAAUAUCCUUCCUGCAAUGCCUUUAGAAGCACCAAAACCAGUUCUUGCACCAGAAAGACCAAACUGCAGCCCUGAGGUAUUUAGGUGCACGUUAACGAAAGUACCAGAUACUAGUUCUCUUCUACAAAAGUCCAGAUUACCAUUUGGAGUUCUGAUACAUCCAUUCAGAGAUAAUGAUGUUUUACCUGUCAUACAAUGUAAUACAAUUGUACGAUGUAGGAACUGUAGAACAUACAUCAAUCCAUUUGUCUCAUUUAUUGAUCAAAGGAGGUGGAAGUGUAAUCUGUGCUUUAGAGUUAAUGAUUUGCCUGAAGAAUUUCUUUAUGAUCCAACCACAAGAGCCUAUGGCGAUCCAUCCCGUAGACCUGAAAUUAGGAAUGCAACUAUUGAAUUCAUAGCUCCAUCCGAUUAUAUGCUCAGGCCUCCCCAGCCUGCAGUUUAUUUGUUCAUAUUAGAUGUUUCACAUGUUGCAGUUGAAACAGGAUAUCUUCAUACAUUUUGCAAAAUUUUACUAGACAGUAUAGAUGAAUUGCCUGGGGAUUCCCGAACACGUGUCGGAUUUAUGACCUUUGAUGGAAGCAUUCAUUUCUAUAAUUUAGGUGAAGGUUUAAAUCAACCACACAUGUUGGUUGUUUCUGAUAUUGAAGAUGUAUUUCUUCCAUCUCCAGACAACUUGUUGGUGAACCUUCAUGAAAGCAGAGCUUUAAUUUCAGAUUUAUUAACCGAUCUUCCAAAACGAUUUGAAAACAAUGGCGACAUAAACAAUUGCCUUGGGGCUGCAUUGCAAGCUGCAUACAAACUAAUGUCCCCAGUUGGCGGUCGAAUUACAGUUGUACAAGCAUGUUUGCCUAGUUUUGGACCUGGUGCACUGAAGAACCGAGAAGAUCCGAACUUAAGAGCUGCUAAGGAUGUUUCGAAUAUUGGUCCAGCAAAUGAUUUUUAUAAAAAGCUUGCUUUAGACUGUUCUGGGCAACAAAUUGCUGUGGACCUCUUUAUGCUUUGUUCGCAGUAUGUUGAUAUUGCAACAAUUAGUUGCAUCGCAAAGUAUUCUUCUGGAAAUAUUCAUUAUUAUCCGGGCUAUCAUCAUCAACUUGGACAAAUUCAAGUUGAGAAAUUUGCUGGUGAUUUAAAAAGAUAUUUAACUCGAAACAUAGGAUUUGAGGCUGUGAUGAGAAUAAGGUGCACUAGAGGACUAACAAUUCAUACCUUCCAUGGCAAUUUCUUUGUAAGAUCUACAGAUUUGUUAUCAUUACCAAAUGUAAAUCCAGAUACUGGUUAUGGAAUGCAAAUAGCCAUUGAAGAAAACCUUUCAGAAUAUAACUCAGUUUGUUUCCAGGCAGCUGUUCUCUACACAUCUAGUAAUGGUGAAAGAAGAAUAAGAGUUCAUACUCUGUGCUUACCAGUUGUAUCAAUCUUGCAAGAUGUGCUGGGAGGAGCUGAUCAAGAGACAAUUAUUGGUUUAGUUGCAAAAAUGGCUGUUGACCGAAGUGUCUCGUCAUCACUAACAGAUGCUAGAGAUGCAUUGAUCAAUGUUUGCCUGGAUGUGUUAGGUGUGUACAAAGUAACAAUGGCUGGUCAAGUAGCCGGUGCUCUCAUGUCUCCUUAUUCGACACGACUGUUGCCACUUUUUAUCCUUGCUUUACUAAAACAUGUUGCCUUUCGUACUGGUGUAAGUACAAAACUAGAUGAGAGAGUGUUUGCAAUGGAUCGUAUGAAAUCUUUGCCUCUUAUAUAUUUGAUGAAAUAUAUCUAUCCCACUUUAUAUCCCGUUCAUGCGCUUGAUGAGAAGAAUGCCAUUCACCAGGAUGAUGAUGCUAUAAUUCCUCAACCUGUAAUUCUGCAGUUAUCAAGUGAAAAAAUUGAUCGUCAUGGAGCUUAUAUUCUGGACACUUUUGAUGUAUUAUAUCUUUAUAUUGGAAAAGCCAUUAAUGAUCAUUUUUGCACAAAUGUCCUCAAUGUACCUAAUUUUAGUGCCAUUCCAGAAAAUUUGAAUUCCCUACCUGAAUUACCAACUCCUGAAUCAGAAAGGCUUAGAAGUUUUGUUUCUUGGUUACGAGAUCAAAGACCUUUCCAUAGCCCACUCAAAAUAAUAAGAGAGGACAGUAGAGAUCGACAUAUAUUCGUACAGUAUAUGAUUGAUGACCGGACAGAAUCUUUAUUUUCCUAUUACGAGUUCCUGCAACAUAUACGGCAGCAGAUAUCUAAGUGAAGAACUUUCGUAAUGUGUGUCUGAAAGUAAAUUUAUUACCUCUAUUAGAUGUGGGACUGAUAUCAGCACAUUUAUUGAAAUCUGAAAGGAUGUUAAGUAUUUUCAGUGGACCAAAAGGAAGUUUUAAUCUUAAAUUUUUAAGAUUAUUGAAAAUUCACUCAAAACAAGUGGAAGUGCGUGCAGCAUAAAUAAGAAGUUGUUGGAAAAAAACUCUCAAUCAAAUAAUACUUUAUUUUUUCCCAACUUGUCUUUUUUUUUUUUGUAAUUAUGUUUACGAUAUAUGCUGUUUUGAAGCCAAAUUACAAUUUUUUGUCUGUGAUUGGAUGAAUUCGAAUGUUUUUAACUCAAUUCACAUAAUUUUCUGCUCAGUGAUUUUCACUAAGAGCAGAAUUUAGGGAAAAAGGAAUGUUGUACAUUUGUUACACUUAUAUUCACUCACUCAAGUUAAAUGAAAAAGUUUCUUACUUCAAAAUCUGUACAUAUAAAUGCAAUAUAUAAGCGUUAUGAAAUGUUACGUCUUUCUCAUAACUGAUUAAAAAUGUAAUUAAAGUUAAGGCAUUGUACAAAAAAUAGCCCUCGCUGAAAGCUAAAGAGUAUGUUGCUAAUUGAGAACUGUUGUAUGAUCAUUAUCUGUGAUUCAAAGUCCACUGUUACUGUAAAGAAUAGUGAGGAUCAGUAGCAAAGUUUUUGUUAUGAAUAAUGAGUUUUUAUAAAGUUUCAAAAUUCUUUUGAAUAAAAUGCAAUAAGAAAUAUACAUUAAAGUUAUGUAAGUUUGUAACUUUUGAUAUUACAUGCAAUUUGUUAUAUACACAAUCAUUUUUUUAUUAUUUUGCUCUCUAAAAUAAAAUUUCAUUUAGGCUUUUUCUUCACCUUUGAAAAUUUUAGCUGUAAGUGUUGCUUCACAUUUAAUAUUCAGUCUAUGUGUUAUGCAUAAUAAAAGUACCAGACUUAUGUGAUUUAUCAUAAAAAAUAUUACUAUGAUGUUUCACCAGCAAUAUUAGUGCACAAAUCUCUGAGUAUUGUUUUUUUUUUUUUUUUUUGGUAUUUUAGGUAUUUUAUUUAUUUUAUAAAUUGUGUAGAUAAUUGUCUGAUUUUAUAUAUUAUGUAUGUAAAAUUAAGAGCUGUUUGGGAAAGGAAUUUUGUGUAAUAAUUCAAUGUGAUAAAUAUUUUGCAAGCUUAUAAAUUAUAAAUUUGCAUUGUUAAAAUUUUUAAAAAAAUUCUAAAAGUUUUGUGUGUAAUUUGUUUUAGGAAAUGCAAAGAAAUGCAUAAAAUAUAGUAUUUUACAUUAGUGACACUCGGGAUUGUUUCGUUUGAAAAUCUAAACUAAUGACCCUUAUUGUAUUUAAAUUUUAUUCAAAAAAAUAUUUUAUAUUUUUUGUUGUUUUUGCAAGUUUUCUUUUUUUUUUGCUGCUUUUUCAACUUUGAAAACUCAAAUUGAAAAUAAACAAAACUGUUAAAGCUUCAAAACAAAGUUGAUUUGUUUUAAAAUUUUAUUUUUCAGUCUUGCACCAUUUUUGCAACAAAUAAAGGCAAACGUAAGUUUAAUUGUAUGUGGGCCGUCUAAUGCAUUUUAAAUUAUUUUAUGCUAAAAUGCUAGUGAAAUUAAUUUUUCCAUAUAAUACUGAUCAAAGUAUUUUUUUUUUUUUCAGGUAUUGAGCACGUUUUAUGUAUUUUAGUGUUUUAAAAUUCCAAUUCUUGAUACAUAAUGUAUCACCCUGAAUUUCAGAGUUUUAUUUAAAAGUUUAAUAUAUUUACAUGAAUAUUUUAAAAUUGUAUUAUACUUUAUCUUUUCUGUUUACAUGUACUUGUCAUAUUUUAUGAUUUGUUAUAGUAAAGCUAUUUUUCAGCAUUAGAUUUUCAAAUGUAAAAAAAAUGAACAAUAUGAAAAUAAUAAAAAGCUCAUCAAAUUGA